AUGGCUUCUUUCGGGCCGACGAGUUUGCCAGGUUCAGAGCAUCAGCACCACACAAACAAAGCGACGGUGAUCUUCAGCUACACCUGCGUCGCUCUCACGAGCACGGCGCUCUUCUCCGUCCUCUUCUUCUUCUGCUACCAAGUCCGCAACCGAGCGCCGGUCGCCGCGGCCGGUGCGGGGACCGGCCCUGGCCAGGGGCCUCGCCGUCGCAGCGUGGACCUCGCCAGGCUGCCGGAGUUCGCAUAUACCCCGUCCGCGAGGCACAGCGCUAGAGGAGGGAGCAGCGGCGACGGCGCCCAGUGCUCCGUGUGCCUCGGCACGGUGCAGGCAAGCGAGAUGGUGCGGCUGCUGCCCUUGUGCAAGCACCUGUACCACGUAGAAUGCAUCGAUAUGUGGCUGGCGUCGCAUGACACUUGCCCCGUUUGCCGCUCGGAGGUUGAGCCGCCAGGGGACGGAGAGCCCGCAAUGACGGCGGAGCAGCUGCCGGUGUAG